AUGCUCACGCUUGACUUCUUGAUCGUAGCUGCUGUCGAAGCUGAGCUCCCUAUCCACUUGACCCUGGGUCCGUUUGUAUUCUUUAGCGACCAACUCAAAUUCCGGAUCAUUGUAAUCGAGCCUUUCGCUCCGAACGGCUUUGUGUGCGAAUGCAACCGCUGCCAUUUUCCGUCAAAAGUCUGGUCCUACUGUCCGUUCUCUGGCUUGCAAUACAUCCUGCUGACCAAACCGGUGAUCCAUCUUCUGCCGUGCACCACGAUGCGGCACCAGGGCCCUCGCAAUACCUUUGCCGUCCUGGACGGGCCCUUCAUCAGUGAGUACAAGGCGCUCUCUAAACCGCAUGCUCGUGAGAACAACCACUUGCGAGACUGUGGAUAUCAACUCCGAAACAUGAUGAGCGUGACGAUCUCGGACGUAAGAGGGGGAUGCGGAGAAUACCGCGCUGCCCCCUCGUACUGCACGCCGCAAAUUUGGGACAAAAGUAGCAUUGGCUUCUUCAGCCACAAGCCGCUGUCCUUGUUCGGAAACGUGACAUUCAAAGUUGUCAGCCAGAAGAACAGCGGGCCCAUCUAUUUCAAACUUUAA